GUGUCGGCAUUUAUAGGUUUAUGCAAAUAGCCAAAUAAAACGCUUGACAUGUGGUCGGGUCUGGUUGAACUGCUGCCUCGUCCUUUACCGUUUGCCUUAACGUCUUCAUUGUGGCGUCGCGAAUGUGGACUUACCCCUUCAUUGAUUGUUCAAUAUUGACAUGUUUUCGGCGUGCUUUGCAUGCUCUUAAUCUCUAACACCAAAUAUCUCAAAUUUGAGUCCACCAUGAUGUGAUGUUCGAAAUUGGUUGUUCCCUACCUAGAUAAAAAACUACUACAUAUUAUAAAAAAAAUUAGAGUCGAGAAAUAAGCAACACUUGCAUAAGUGUGUGUGUGUUGGCUCGACGUUAGCGUCGUUAAUGUAUGAGACCAAAUAUCUUAGAUGCGAGUCCACCUUCACGUGAUCCUUGAAAUUGAUUGUCCAUUAACCAAAUCAGAAAAAAUGUAAUUUGCCUAAAAUAAAAGUUUUGCCAAAUUCAGGUUUUGCAUACUGUUACGAACUCAACACAAUCACGAGUAACGGAGGAGACUACAAUUGAAGGCAAGGCUGCGUCGCCCCCGACGCAGAGUUCGUCGACAUCAGAAUCCGUUCAGGAGCUGGAGAAUCAGUCAGUCGAAGACUCGCAGGUGGACACGGUGAAGAAGCUGAGACCGACGAAGGAUAUUAAGCAGCCGGAGCGUUACCACGACUUCGUCCCAAGUAGCGGACCAGCUGCUCGACGGAAUGCCUAAGAGAUGCUGAUUUACGUCUUUUAUUUUUGCACUAAGUACUUUGUUUUACGUAUUUCUUUUAUUGUUUUUCUUUUUUCCUUAUUUAAAACAAUUAUUGUCUCGAGCGUUUUAUAAGCUCCGUCGGGUUUUCUUUGUUGGUUCUUUCCCGACGUAUAGGUUUAGGUCGAACCAACCCUAGGGUCUAGAAUAUUAUAAAUAGGGCUUCUCAUUAAUUCCGCUUUCAAUCAAUGAAGAAUUAGUUUGCCCACAUUACUUGUGCAAUACGCCUAAAACCUAUUUUGCUGCCGACGGAGGAGAUCCUCUGCGCCAGCGUGUGUUGAAGCCGCCGACCCCGUAGCUUGGGGCGCCGGAUUUGGUUGUGUUGUGUACGUGAUUGACGGAUUGUUCUUCGUUAAGAGAUUGUGCUCUUAACAACUGGUGCUUUCAUUGUGAACUCAUGGAUAUAGUCGAGGAAUUGCAGCGCUCCCCACCGGUAUUGACGGGAGGAAACGUGCAGGAGGUGGUUCUCGGUCCGACGCGACGGCCGCCUUUGGGACAUCGUCGUGACGGAGGAGGCCCACCCCGACCACCACCCAGGGGGGAUCCUUCUGCUUCGGGCCGCCAAUGGAACGAUCCGGGUGGAGUUGACCCGAUCACGCAGGGUUUUGAUCGAAUCAUGGCCAGAUUUGAUCAAUUGGAAUUUAUAUUGGAUGCGAGGGAUAGAAGGGUUGAUAGGUUGGAAGCCAGACGCCUUCCCGAACCGGAUCUGCCCUAUUUUUUGGACUACGCGGACUUGGAUGGAUAUCGCUUCCAGCGUGAUGUAUGGACGGCCAACGAGGAUGUCCCUCGGAAUUUCAACCACGGCCGGCGUGACCGUGGUGGGGAUAUUCGGCGUCGACGAGGCACCAUUCGCGUGACACACUGGCCAGAGGGCCGCCCUCCACGACACAGUACAGCAGCAGCCCCCUACCGCGCUUGCCGUGAUUCGUGGCAUGGCUCGAGCUGGGAGAGGCCGGCAGAUCGCUACCCUCAAGGACCUGAUAGGGACGGACAUGACCCCUUGCACUGUUUGAGCCGUGGCAAAAACAUGUUAUAUGUGGAGGGGACUAGCAUAACACCGAUGGUUGAUCAUGAGCAUCACCACUCUAGGGAUAAUAUCUGCGGCUACGGUGUUGUCUCCAACGAUGAUAAGGUUGUCCCCGAUGCUGAGUUGUCUAGAGAUGCCAUCACCGAUGCUGGUGUGUUUCUUUUGUUGAAAUCCUCACAGCUUCGAAGAGUUCCUGUAGUUUUGGAGUCUUUAUCCGAACUUGGCACCAUUAUUAUAAAUGUGGACCGAGAUGGAUGUAGACGAGGCAGUGAUGACAACAUGCUUGGUUUAAUGAUGAAUGAUUGGGGGUGGCCUAGUCAGGAAUAUGAGUUUAGCAUUGGAGGCUCUGCACUUGGCGGGAAUUUUCACUUUGAUGCAGCAUUGUUGGAAGCUCAGGGGAGGGGAAGCAACUAUGCGUAUAAUACUAAUCUGAAGCAUAUCCGACGUCUUGAAGUUGGACUCAGCCACAAAUUAAAUAUGUCGAUUGGGUGGAAAGUAGUUCUAGGGAUGACUUUAGUAGUACAUGAGUCGACAAGAAUGCUUUAUCCAGCUACGCUGACUCUUGAUCUGGAUGAUCUAAUAUAUCAGUUCGCAGUUUGGAUGACGCCACACCAGUGGGAAGAUAUGAAGCAGCUCUGGUUUCCGCACAAACCCGAGCUGGUUAACAAAUGUGAAAUCAAUUGGACAAGAAGAGGCCACAGGCUGACCGAAUUGCAAUAUUAUGCAGGCAGGCCUAAUGGAGUUGGAUUUAUUGGGUUGUUUUGUGUGGAGGUUUCGGAUUUCGCCGACCAGUUAGCUUCUAGGCAGGGUAAGGAGUUCCAGAAAAAGUGUUUGGGGAUCUACUAUUACAUAGCGUAUGCUUAUGAUAUUAUUAGCCUCUGUUGUAUGUUAUGGAAUGGUGUUUUGAUUGACGGUCAGCAGGCGCAGCAGUUUCCUGGUGUUGGUAUUGAUAACUACAUCACUCUCUCGUAUUUUGACUUCGAUAAGGACAAGAUGGUGUACAUCAUAAUUCUGGUGGUGGUUGAAUUAGUACAUACCCACGUUGUAAGUGGGGAGUUUUACCAAUUUGUAUUCCUACAAUUGCUACCCUUAGGCAUAAAACACAAGGUGGGCACUGGGUUUCUUCACAUAUUGCAAAAAAAAACCCACUUGGAGGGGAUUGGAGAUGUAGUCAUCGUUGGAGAUGGUUCCAAUCUUGAUGAAGGGCUAACUGGGGAUGUUACUGUCUCAAGAGAGUUUGAAUGCGUUGUUCUUAACAUAGAUGGAACUGCGGGCCGAGAGGCGUGCUACAUGGCGCACGUGAUUCACGCUCCAGCUACAAAGAGGGCAGAGCUUCUCAUCGAGCUGCGUAGAAACCUGUCCCGCGCGCAGCAACGGAUGACCGCGUCGGCCAAUCGGCAUCGACGCCAUAUCGAAUUUGAAGUUGGAAGUUUUGUGUGGCUGAAAUUACAGCCAUAUCGCCAGCAUUCUGUAGCGAGGCCCAUCUCGGCAAAGCUCUCCAAGCGUUUUUACGGUCCCUUCGAGGUGGAGGAGAGGAUUGGACCAGUGGCAUACAGAUUGCGUUUGCCAGAAGGAAGUCGUAUUCACGAUGUAUUCCAUGUAAGUCUUCUGCGAGCUUUUGUGAAGGAUGAUCCAAUCGUGCCCCUCCCAGAGCAGUUUGUUGGGAAUCGACCUGUAGUCCAUCCAGUGGCUAUAUUGGAUUCGAAAAUAUUGUGGCACAAGGGCGCUGCGGUGGAGCAUGUGUUAGUAAGGUGGUUGGAUGGUUCGGACUCUCCUUCUUGGGAGCCAUUGGCGGAUUUGAUGAAACGAUUUCCCACCCUCUUCCUUGAGGACAAGGAAGUUUCUAAGGACGGGGGAGUUGUUACGAACUCAACACAAUCACGAGUAACGGAGGAGACUACAAUUGAAGGCAAGGCUGCGUCGCCCCCGAUGCAGAGUUCGUCGACAUCAGAAUCCGUUCAGGAGCUGGAGAAUCAGUCAGUCGAAGACUCGCAGGUGGACACGGUGAAGAAGCUGAGACCGACGAAGGAUAUUAAGCAGCCGGAGCGUUACCACGACUUCGUCCCAAGUAGCGGACCAGCUGCUCGACGGAAUGCCUAAGAGAUGCUGAUUUACGUCUUUUAUUUUUGCACUAAGUACUUUGUUUUACGUAUUUCUUUUAUUGUUUUUCUUUUUUCCUUAUUUAAAACAAUUAUUGUCUCGAGCGUUUUAUAAGCUCCGUCGGGUUUUCUUUGUUGGUUCUUUCCCGACGUAUAGGUUUAGGUCGAACCAACCCUAGGGUCUAGAAUAUUAUAAAUAGGGCUUCUCAUUAAUUCCGCUUUCAAUCAAUGAAGAAUUAGUUUACCCA